UCAUAAAUCAAUGCGUUCGCAAAAGUCUUCAAUUCGUUGACUGCCUCUUUGCCCUACACCCACCCAGUUUUAACCAAUAUCACCGCCACUUUGCCUUCUCCAGCUUUCAGGUUCUCUCCUUAAGCGAAUCCAAUUCCUAAGGGCUAGGGCUUUCGUUCUUCACAAUUUCUCUCAUAAUGGCUGACGAGGUGGAGUAUCGCUGCUUUAUUGGCGGCCUUUCUUGGUCAACAUCUGACAGAGGUCUGAAAGAGGCGUUUGAAAAGUUUGGGCAUCUUGUCGAGGCCAAGGUAGUUGUCGACAAAUUUUCUGGACGUUCCCGUGGUUUUGGAUUUGUCACUUUUGAUGAGAAAAAAGCUAUGGAUGAGGCAAUCAAAGCCAUGAAUGGAAUGGAUUUAGAUGGCCGGAGCAUUACAGUUGAUAAGGCUCAACCAAACCAAGGUUCUGGUAGAGAUCAUGAUGGUGACCGUCCACGUGGUGGUCGUGAUCAUGAUCGCGAUCGAGGUCGUGAUUUUGGUGGUGCACGUGGAUCUAACAGUGGAGAUUGCUUUAAAUGUGGGAAACCUGGACAUUUUGCUAGGGAAUGUCCCAGUGAAGGUGGUAGAGGAGGUAGGUAUGGAGGUAGGGAUGACAAAUAUGGUGGUGGUGGCGGCGGUGGUGGUGGCGGCAGUGGUCGAUAUGGUCCGGACCGAAAUGGAGAUAGAUUUGGUGGGCGCAAUAGGAGUACUGGUGAUCGAGGAGGUUCGGGAAGUGAUCGAUAUAGCCGUGACCGCUCUGGUCCAUAUGAGCGACGUGGUUCUGGUGGUUUUCGUUCUGGAUAGUAUGGUGACUUUCCUUGUAGGCCAGCUUACAUGGUGGGAUCUUGCCGUUAUGUACUGCACAGUGUUAAUGUUUCUGUCUACAGGUUGUCUCUCGUACAGUUCAGAGUUCUGAAGUGCAGAGCUUGACGUUAAUGUUGAGAUGUUUGUGUUCCUAUGUGAUGAAUUUGGUAUCUUGCUACAGUGGUGUGGUGUCUAAUGUGUUCUUGACAUAUUCAUUCAAACCUGGUUUUAUGAUCUUUAAGUGCCCAUUGUAGCUGCUGCAUAACUUGUGACACACACACAGGGAAUUUCAAUAACUGCUGCACCAUUUCAUUUUGAAAAAAAAUUUCUUUUAGAAUACAACUAGACCUGGUUUUUGAUA